GGGGGAGCCGGAGCCGCAGCAGCCGCCGCAGGACGCGGCCCCGCCGCCGGAGCGCGGCCAUGGGGCGGGCGGGCGGCCCCGCGCUGCGGGCGGCCCUGCCGCUGCUGGCCGCCGCCGUCUCGCUGUGCGCAGGUCUGAAGUGCGUGUGCCAGCUGUGCGAGCACACCAACUUCACCUGCCAGACGGAGGGCGCCUGCUGGGCCUCCGUCAUGCUGACCAACGGGCGGGAGGAGGUCAUCAAGUCCUGCGUCUCCCUCCCGGAGCUCAACGCGCAGGUCUUCUGCCACAGCUCCAAGAACAUCACAAAGACCGAGUGCUGCUACACUGACUUCUGCAACAACAUCACCCUCCGCCUGCCUGUCGCGUCGGAGUCGCCGGGCAGAGCCAGCGCGGGACCGUUGGUGCUGGCGGUGACGGUGGCGGUGCCUGUCUGUGUCCUCUCGCUGGUGGCGGUGCUGGCGGCGUGCACCCACCGGCGCCGGCGCUGUGCCCGCGGCCGGGCCAAGCAGCCCAACAUGGAGGAGCCCCUCUCUGAGUGCAACCUGGUCAACUCUGGGAAGACGCUGAAGGACCUCAUCUACGACAUGACAACCUCGGGCUCCGGCUCCGGUUUACCUCUGCUUGUACAAAGAACAAUCGCAAGGACUAUUGUCCUGCAGGAAAUUGUAGGAAAAGGCCGAUUUGGCGAAGUCUGGCGUGGAAAAUGGUGCGGGGAAGAUGUAGCUGUGAAAAUCUUCUCCUCCAGAGAUGAACGGUCCUGGUUUCGGGAGGCGGAAAUUUAUCAGACGGUGAUGCUGAGGCACGAAAACAUCCUGGGCUUUAUCGCUGCCGAUAACAAAGAUAACGGGACAUGGACGCAGCUCUGGCUUGUCUCCGAGUACCACGAGCAAGGGUCCCUGUUCGACUACCUGAACAGAGGGACGGUGACGGUGGAGGGCAUGGUGAAGCUGGCGCUGUCGGUGGCCAGCGGCCUGGCCCACCUCCACAUGGAGAUCGUCGGCACGCAAGGGAAGCCAGCCAUUGCGCACCGGGAUCUGAAAUCCAAAAACAUCCUGGUGAAGAGGAACGAAAGCUGCGCCAUCGCGGACCUGGGCCUGGCGGUGAAGCACGACUCGGUGCUCAACACCAUCGACAUUCCCCAGAACCCCCGGGUGGGCACCAGGAGGUACAUGGCUCCUGAGAUACUUGAUGAUGCGAUGAACAUGAACAUCUUUGAGUCCUUCAAGCGUGCAGACAUCUACUCUCUGGGGCUGGUGUACUGGGAGAUAGCCCGGAGGUGCUCUGUUGGAGGAAUCACUGAGGAAUACCAGUUGCCUUACUAUGACGUUGUGCCUUCUGAUCCUUCGAUAGAAGAUAUGAGAAGGGUAGUUUGUGAGCAGAAGCUCAGACCAAAUAUUCCAAACCAGUGGCAAAGCUGUGAGGCGCUGCGGGCCAUGGGCAGGGUGAUGCGGGAGUGCUGGCACGCCAACGGGGCGGCGCGGCUCACCGCCCUGCGUGUGAAGAAGACCAUUGCCCAGCUCUGCGUGCAGGAGGACUCCAAAGCCUGAGCGAGCUCCCUGGAGGAGGAGAGGGCAACGAAUUCUUCUGUUUGUCUUUUAACAUGUGAUAGUAUUUUUAUUUUUGGUCUACCUCACAUAGCGUGGUUCAGUAUUUUGAGUGCCCAAACCAGAGCACUGACAUCCACCUUCAUCUUUGGCCACUGGAAAGGGCAGCUUUGACUCAUCUUUUAUACAGCAGGUUGAUGACUUGCUUUGGUUUUCGAAAGUAAAUUAGACACUAGGCUAAUCGCAGAAAGGAGCUUAAAACAGCACGGCAGCGAAACGAUACCUUUCGCUAUUGCGCUUUUUAUCCUAGUCAAACUCCAAACAAAUUGGAAAUAGCUGGUAUUGGUUAAAGCUUGUUUGCAAGACAAACCACACCUUUUAUCCUCAAACCAAGUAAAAGACCAAAUUUAAUCAAGCUUUUUACGUAUUUUUGCGCAGGAAUCUGAAAAGGGGCUGUCAGUAAAAUGCAUUUUAAAAAACUAUAUUUAUCAUUACCUAAGCAAAUAAAAGAAAGAUGAAAAGUCCACUAAGUAUGUAUAUUGUGGAAAAAAAGCAUCUAGUCAGUUUUUUAUUAAAUUUUAGUUUUAUGGUCUUGAUUUAAUACACAAUAUUAUAGUUUAGGAUUUGGAGGUUUUUUUUUACUCCGUUCAUUUGUUCAUUGAACAUAUUGAUCAAGGGACAAUUUUUAACAGUUAGGAAGACAUUAUAAAGGCAAUACUUUUCCGAUAGGUACAUAGAGAUGGAAUGGGAGAAAUUCUACCUAAACCGAGAAAGUAUAUAUUUUUAAAAAACAGCUUGCCAAUCUGUCGUUGGUAACUUUUUUCUUUUAGUGCCUUUUGCUGUUUUAGGGGGAAGCUUUAACAGAAUUAAUUCUUGGAAAACUGGGAGCCGCAGCGGCGGCGCCGGGGAGUGGCAGAGCCCGGUCGGAGGCCGCGUGAUGGAGCAGCGCCCAUCGCUUUGGGACACUAACGCCCUUCUACCACCCCAGUUUUUUGGCACUUAAUGUUUCAAAUGUCCCCGCGCUCUGGGCCGGAUCGCAGUUUGCCAUUGUCUGUCACAGUCUAGGCACCUCUUAAAAUGUACAUUUAAAGCGCUGAUGUCCUUGCACGAAGCCAAUAGCGCCUAUUCGGAGGUUUCAUACGGAUUUCUGUAAUAGCAGCUGGUUGGUGAAAAGCAUUAACAUCUCUAAUUCUAUUUCCAUAGUACUGCAAGCUGUAAAAGGUGAGGUGUUUAUUCAAAAUUCACCAAUGUUCUGGCAUUUUGUGAAUUCUGCCCCACUCUGUGGUCCUCAUAUUUGAAUAUGGUAUUCUAGUAUUUUUGAUAGCCAAAAUUAUACGGUUCUUUCAAUGUUUCUAAAUCCAGGUGAUCCACAGAAGUUCAGCCCAGAGUAGCGAAGCUUUGCAAAGAUUCGGUGUGGCACAUGCAGCUCGGUGGAAGUAAGCCGUUAGCUAAUUAACGGUAUUUAAGAUCAACCUUUGGUAUGAAACCUCUUGAAUAGGGCUCUUACGUGGGAGAAUGAACGUUUACUGAGUGGGCUGGUCAGUACCAUUAGCGCUUCAUCCUGACACACUCGAGGACAUUAUGGACUCUUUCUGGAGGUUAAUUGCCCCGUAAAUAGGCUGUAAUGCGAUUUACCUGUUUGCCUACCUUUUAGUCUCUGCUGCUCGUGUUAACGAUGCAAGUCUUUGCACGGGCUGUUUGCUGAGCGGUGGAGAACGUUUCUACUAGAUGUCUAGUAGGUUUUUUUCCCAGUAUGCUUUCUGAGAUAUAAUCAACGUUGUCUUAUAGAUUUAAUUGCUAUGUGCUUCAGCUGCAUAAACUACAGCAGGGAGCUCCACAGGUGCGUGCUGUGUGAGCUGCUGGAGGGGUCAUCGUUGCGACUGUAUGAUCCAAAGUGCGAUGCUGACUUGAGUGUCAAAAGCUUUGCAAAAGAUCCAGCAUUUGUUCUUGUAGAACGUAACUUGAAAAAAAUCCUUAUGUUAAAAAGGAACAAUCAAAGAUUUAUUUUUUUUUAAGUGGGAAAAGGAAGUGUUUUAUCCAUUGAAAUCAGCUCUUACUGAAUUUGCAGAAUAAGGUGUCUGAAAUCAAUGGUAGCGGAGUAAAAGUAAUUUUAAAUAGUAUGUCGAUUUAGGCCUGUUUUCUCAAAAGUAUUUAAACUGUGCAGGUGAGAUGAACUUCUCAGAAUUGCUUUAGCACUCGGGAAGGUGCAUGAAAGGGAAUGGUCCGUCCUUCCAGAGCUCUCGACACUUACAGACCCCGUUAGCUCUUUUCCGAGAAAAAAUAAUCAAAUGUUUGUGAACAACCAGAGCAGUGUGUUAAAAUGCGCGUUAAACCCAGUGCUUUGGAACGACUAAGGAGAAGGUAUCAGAGGGUGAGGCGAGAGCUGUCGCAGGGGUGGCUGCUGGAGCGGGGUACCCGUGAACAGCGAGCGAGGAGCUCCCAGCUGCUGCCAGCCUGUCCCGAGCGUCCGGGAUGCAGUCGCACGAUCCCAGCGUCGCCUGCCCGUGCUGGAGCCCUAAAUCACCAAACACAGAGAGCUGCUCAAAAUAGCGCUGAAAUACCUGAAGGCGAUGGUUUUAAAACAGAAAGUACCGCAGUUCCGAAGGGAGACUGGGAGCGAAUGGAGCUCGUCCCGAGCGCCUGCCCGGCACCGGCGGGGGCAGGUCUGGGAGGGCGCGGGGGAGCGGAGGACGAGCGGGGUUUGCCGAGUGGGGAAAGGAACCGUCCCCAAAGCGAAGCCUGUCAUCUUGGCAGCAGUCUUGGUGCACUGGGACUCGUUAGUGAAAACUUGAUCAGUUGCUGUACAAAAUGCAAGAUGACCAAGGGGUGCCAUUAGCUUCUCUUACACAACUUUGAAAACAUGUGAUUUUUUUUUUGCCUAAAAUGGAGGCAUUCUCCACGGGGAGAGUGAUCAGAAUGCUCUCUAGGAGUUUUUCUUCCAUUUCUUCUUACGCGGCGGUGGCUGUUCAGGCUGGGUUUUUUCUCUUUGCCCCCCUGGAGCCUCUGAAAAUCGUUGAACCACCCUGGGAAGGCCCCCCCUGGUGCCGGGGGCUGUGCGGGGGGACGCUCUGCGCAGCCGGGCACUGCUGGGACUCUCAGCUCCCGCCCCGGGAGCGCUCAACAUCUCCCACACACAUCCGUGGCCUCAGCCCUUGGGCGCCGGUUGCCCCCUCGCUUCUCGCUGAGCUGGGUAUUUUUUGCACCUUUUUUCUUUUCGGCUGGUGAGAGGUAGAUGUAGGUUUCAGCAGAGCAGAGUCAGAGGUGACUGAGCCAAGGGGCUGAUGCUGUUGUACUGGGCUUUACCGUGUCUGUAAACUUUGCUCCUUUAAAAAAACAAACCACCCCCCCUUGUUUUAGUGACCUUUUCCCUCAAUGUAUGUUCGUCCCGUUCAAAUUGAAGAACAGAGGUUAUACUGGGCCUGGUUUUAGGGUGGCUUAGGUUUCUUCAGAGGUUACUAAAAGUUCCUGCUAAUCUUCGCUUACAGCACAACUUCUUCAGCUCUUAGAAAUCCUCAAGCUCAAGGAUGCUCAAGACCGGUCACCGCAUUUAGCCUCUCCUAAUCCAUGCUUCUAGUUUGGGGGAGUUACUGAUUUUUAUUUUUUUUUAAAUUCACUUCUAAUAACAACCGAAAGCUUAAUGGAUGGAAUGUGAACUGAAAGGGAAAGUUAAUUAACAUUUUCUCUAGCAUCUUUUUUUUUUCCCCCUGAACUGCUCCCCCCAAACACCCUUGAGAAAUUCAAACUGUAAUCUCUUUUGCACUUUCCUAUUUUUAUAGUAAUUUGCACUUAACCAUGAUCGUUCCCUCGUGUAACCCUAUGAAUCCUAUCAUGGUUUAGUUAUCGUUAUGCCACUUCUUGAAGGGAACACGUUCAGGAAUUACAAAUAAAUUUGUUUAGAAACGUGGCUAGUCCCUACAGCAGGCUGAACGCUGAAGAGAGCGAGGUCCCGACCUGCCUGGGUCUGCUGUGCCCGUCGAUGGGCUCGGGGGUGUCCCCAGCGCACCCUUGCUGACGGGCGGGCAGAUGUCGUGUUUCUCCUUGCUGCCGGGAAGGGUGCUUUACGAGCGGCCUCCCCGCCGCAGGGGCGCGUUCCGCCGCGGGACCGCUGUCUGUGGCGGGUCGCUGUCGGUGUGGGGGCGGGUGGGGAGAUGCUCUGUGGCGUUGGCCGCCGUCUGCGGGUGCUCGAGCGCGUCUUGGUGUAGCGGUGCGUGGUGGUGGAGGUUAUGGCGCAGGCCUUCCCGCCGAGGCUCCGUGGCCGGCGUGCGGAGCCCGGGGGUCGCUCUCCGCUGGGGGUGGGAGGACUCUCGCCCUGGCGGGGACCAUCCCUGCGUGCUGUGGUACCCCCGGCCCCCGCGGAGCUUCUGGGGAAGGACAGCCCUCUUCGGUUUUAACAGGCAGCACAAUUUAUGAAUGUACGGGAAAACAAGCAUUAAGAGGUACGCUAUAUUUCUACAGAAUACAAGAAAUGUGCAAUAAGUUGUAACCAAAGGCUCUGAAUGUAUUUUUGGCAUAAAUAGACUGAAUGUAUUUUGAAUGUAGCUAUUACAUUUGUGUCUAAAUCUGCUGUGGUGUUCAGUUCCAAAAGAGAAAUGUGUAGUGUUUUGUCAGUCUACAAACCGGUUUCUGAGUUGUCUGUUUUUUAAAGAAGCAUUAAUAUUUUAUCUGGAAGUACUGUAAUAUUUUAGAACUUAGGAUAGCAGUACAAUGCUAAAAUUGAACCUUCAUAUUGUGGAAUACCUUAUCUAGUGUACACUGCGGCAAGUUAUUUUUAAAACUAUUGCUAAAGUUAUUGCUUGAUAUUGCAGCUGCCCCUGGAUGUAAAUAAUUUGUUUAAAUGUUGUAUUUUGUAUGCAUAUUUUACAUACCAGUAUACUUUCGGAAAAAUGUGGCGAG